AUGCUGCUGGCCAGAAUAAGACUAUUCAGUCCCCUAAAAAGUGUUCGGUAUUACACAUCAUUAGAGUAUCCAUCGAUCAAUAUACGAGAUUACUCCAAAUUUGUAUCUAUCAAACCUGUUUCGGAUUUGAGACAUAGCAGUUCACCCGAUUUUAUUACUUCACCAAAUUCAAAAUUACAGUCACUGAUUUGGCACAAACCACUACAGAAUGUUCUAGUGACCAAGAAGCCAUGGACCGAUACUACUCGUGAGGCCAUGGUUCGGUUUAUUACACAUCUACAUGAUUCAUAUCCCGAGAUAAACGUAAUUGUACAACCGGAUGUCGCGGAAGAGAUAGCUCAAGACUUUAGAUCGACACCUCACCAGAACCCAAACGAACCACAUGUACUAUUCACCGGUACAGAGGAUGAAAUUGUGGCCAAAACGGAUUUACUGGUCACUCUUGGUGGUGAUGGUACAAUUUUGCGCGGUGUAUCGAUGUUUGCAAAUAAACAAGUACCACCAGUGCUUGCCUUCUCACUCGGAACCCUAGGAUUUCUGCUACCAUUUGACUUCCAAGAGCACAAGACGAUUUUUGAACAAGUUAUUAGCUCGAGAGCCAAAUGUCUACACAGAACGAGACUAGAAUGCCAAGUGGUUAGAAGAGGCGAAAGUGUAGACACCCAUAAUCUAUCAACCUCAUUACACGCUAUGAACGAUAUCUUCCUACACAGAGGUGAUUCGCCUCAUUUGGCCAAUUUGGACAUUUUCAUUGAUGGUGAUUUCAUGACUAGAACCACUGCCGAUGGUAUUGCUUUCGCAACCCCAACAGGGUCCACCGCAUACUCGUUAUCGGCUGGUGGCUCAAUUGUGUCGCCCUUGGUGCCCUGUAUCCUGCUGACACCAAUCUGCCCCAGAUCACUCUCUUUCAGACCACUUCUUCUGCCUCACUCCUCGCAUAUAAAAGUAAGAAUCGGCUCUAAGAAGACCCAAGGCCCCGCUAACACCGUAGUGAAACUUUCGGUCGAUGGGAUUCCUCAACCGGACCUACGUAUUGGUGAUGAAAUCCAUGUGGUGAAUGAGGUCGGUACUAUCUAUCUGAAUGGUUCGCAAGUGCCCAGCGCCGAUAAGAAGGAGGUUCGCGAGAGAAGAAAGACAAUUAAAAACUCUGGCAUUUACUGCGUGGCAAGAACCGAAAACGAUUGGACCCACGGUAUCAAUGAGCUACUGGGAUUCAAUUCAAGCUUCAGAUUCACUCGUAACUCGAAAAAUGAGAACAAGGAUAAAUAA